GAAGUACAACAAUUGGAACUAUUUUGCAAGCAAUUCUAUGAAUGCACAGAUCCAUUGAUUAGAGCUAAAGCUGAAAAGAUUCUGUUUGAAUUUCUCGAAGAUCCGGAUGCAUUAAAUAAAUGUCAAUUAUUACUUGAUCGAGGUGAUUCUGCUUAUGCACAGCUUUUAGCAGCAACAACAUUGACAAAACUCGUUUCUAGAAAUGUACAGGGACUAAGUUUACAGCAAAGAGUAGAUAUCCGAAAUUAUAUUCUCAACUACCUAGCAACACGGUCCCUCCAAACGUUCGUUACACAAGCAUUAAUAGCUCUUUUAGCAAAAAUAACCAAAUAUGGAUGGUUUGAUUCGUAUAAAGAUGAAAUGAUUUUUCGCCAAAUUGAUCAGGAUGUCAAAGAGUUCCUUAAAGGCAGCGUCGAGCACUGCAUGAUUGGAGUAAAAAUAUUAUCCCAACUUGUUAGCGAAAUGAAUCAAAUUGCCGAUAUGGAUGUAAACUUAUCAUUUACAAGACAUCGUAAGAUAGCAUGCUCAUUUCGUGAUACGCAGCUUUUUGAUAUUUUCCUCCUCUCCUGUGAGUUGCUUGCUCGUGCUCGAGACAACAGUACUAGCCUCAAUUUGAUAGACGAAACACAACAAGGCUUAAUCAUGGAUUUACUGCAACUAGCAAAGAACUGCCUCAGUUUUGACUUUAUUGGAACGUCAGCGGAUGAAUCAACAGAUGAUAUGACGACAGUUCAAGUGCCAACAAAUUGGCGAAGUGCUCUACUCGAGCAAGAUUCAUUGAAAUUAUUUUUUGACCUCUAUCAAAUUCUACCGCCUCGAAUUUCGAGCUUAGCUUUAACAUGUCUCGUUCAAAUAACAUCUAUUCGUCGAUCUAUUUUCAGUAACAAUGAGCGCAUCAAGUUUCUGAAUUGUCUUGUUGCUGGCGCUGUUGAGAUUCUAAAGACAUCACAUGGGCUAAGCGAACCAAAUAAUUAUCAUGAAUUCUGUCGCCUUCUAGCUCGAUUAAAGUCAAAUUAUCAGCUUGGAGAAUUGGUCGUAGUCGAUAAUUAUGCAGAAGCUAUUCAGCUCAUUGCCAAAUUCACUGUUCAUUCUCUUCAGAUUUGGCAGUUUUCGCCAAACAGUGUUCAUUAUUUAUUGUCUUUAUGGCAGCGAAUGGUUACGUCUGUUCCAUAUGUAAAAGCACAAGAGCCGCACUAUUUAAAUACUUACACGCCGGAAGUAGUCAAAGCCUAUAUAACAUCACGAUUGGACGCAGUUACCGCAAUUGUUCGUGAGAAUUUAGAUGAUCCGUUGGAUGAUUUAGGAAUGGUAGUUCAGCAAUUAGAACAAUUAUCAACAAUUGAACGUUGUGAAUAUGAAAAGACGUGUGCUUUAUUGUUUCAAUUGUUUGAUCAGACGGCAGCAAAGUAUCAAGAAAUUCUAUCGAUGCCUUCACCGAGUUCUAUAGAAUUACAAAUUGUUAAUAAUCAAUUGACAUGGCUUGUGUAUAUACUUGGAAGCUGUAUUGGUGGACGAAUAUGUUCAACAGCAACUGAGGAGCAUGAUAGCUUAGAUGGUGACUUGAUUAUUCGUGUUUUACAACUAAUGAGUGUUACUGAUUCACGUUUGCCGCAAGGAGGGUUUGAAAAAAUGGAAAUUGCGUUCAUGAAUUUCUUGGAAAUGGUCCGAAAAAUUUACAUUAAUGAACAUACACAAAAAUUGAAAGUUUAUAAGCGUUUAGCAGAAGUUCUUGGAGUUGGUGAUGAAUCUAUGAUGCUGCUUGGCAUGAUUAGUCGCAAGAUUAUCACAAACCUUAAAUAUUGGGGUAAUUCUGAACUAAUUAUUCGCAAAACUCUCAAUCUUCUCAAUGACCUCACAUUAACAUACAGUCUGAUCCGAAGACUCGUCAAACUCGAUGAAAUUCAAUUCAUGCUCGCUAAUCAUACAAGUGAAUACUUUUCAUUCCUUGGCGCUGGAAACAUGACGAAUUCAAGAUGUCGAAGCAUAUUCUACACCUGCUUAGGCCGUCUAUUGAUCCUCGACCUAAAUGAGGAUGUUGCUAGCUUUGAGACAUUUAUGCUCCCACUUACAAAUGCAUUUGACUCAAUUGGUCAGGUAAUGAUGAAUAGUAUAGACCCGGGAGAGCAGGUGAAGAGUGCAUUGAUUGGCUUAGCACGCGAUAUUAGAGGACUCGCUUAUAGUUUUAAUCAAAAAGCUCCCUACAUGAUGUUCUUUGAUUGGAUUUAUCCAACAUACUCACCAAUUUUGAUUCGAGCCGUAGAGAUUUGGGCUCACGAUCCAUCGGUGACGACGCCUGUCUUAAAGUUCUUUGGUGAACUCGUUCAAAAUAGAUCACAGCGUUUAGUGUUUGACGUUUCUAGUCCAAAUGGUUAUUUGCUAUUUCGAGAAACUUCCAAAUUAAUUUGCUGCUAUGGAAAUCGUGUGCUGAACAUUGAUGUACCAAAAGAUCAAAUUUAUCAAAUGAGAUUUAAGGGAAUUUCUGUUUGCUUUUUAAUGCUCAAAGCAAUUUUAUGUGGAAAUUAUGUAAAUUUAGGUGUUUUUAAGUUGUAUGGGGACAAUGCUUUCGAUUCAGUCAUGUCAAUCACUGCCAAACUCAUUCUAUCCAUUCCGCAUAAGGAUUUAUUGGAGUACCCUAAACUUAGCACUUCGUAUUAUAUAUUGUUGGAAUGUUUAGCCCAAGACCAUAUUAAGUUUUUAUCCACUUUAGAGCCAACAGUUUUCCUGUACAUUUUAGAAAGUAUUUCGGAAGGCUUAAAUGCUUUAGAUUUAAUGAUAAUAUCUGGAUGUUGUGUUACCUUGGAUAACAUUCUGUCGUAUAUCUUCAAGCAGAAAAGUAUUGCAUUCUUUAAAUUAAAAACAGCUCAAGCAUUCCCAACGAAGAAAAUGAGACAAGUAUUGGAACCGGAAACAAAUAUGUUUUUGGAAGUCACUGAGAGACAUCCAGAGAUUUUGCAACGCAUCCUAUCGACCUUGCUCAACGUAGUCAUUUUUGAAGAUUGUAAAAAUCAAUGGUCAAUGUCACGGCCCUUGUUUGUGCUGAUUCUUCUUUAUGAGGAUUAUUUCCGACAAUUGCGUGAUAACAUAAUUAGAUCACAGCCACUCGAUAAGCAGCAACAAAUGACGCGAUUAUUUGAGAUACUAAUGGAAGGAGUUGAACGGAAUCUCCUGACGAAGAGUCGAGACAGAUUCACUCAAAACCUUAGCAUAUUUAGACGUGAGAUUAAUGAUUCCAUGAAAACAGCAAAUCUCAACAUGAACGACAUGAUAGUUUCGUAG